AUGAUCGACUCUGUCCGUAACUUACCUGGUGGGUUGUCCUACUGGCAAACGAUCACUAAGAAGUUGGUCAAUCCCCCCCUGGUCGAAGAUGCGUCAGUGUUAUCUUAUUCGUAUCUCGUCAUUGGAGCUGGUUUGACCGGUAUCGCUACUGCCCUUCAUCUCGGUUCUGCUGGUCACAACGUCCUUGUGGUAGAAGCGGGUCCCCGCACAGCUUGGCGAGCUUCUGGUCGUAAUGGUGGUCAUGUGUGGCCUAGUAGUCAUGCUCAUGCUAGUGAGGGUGGUCACGACAAGUUACGGUUCGAAAUGCAAGGCGCGGAAAUGAUUUCUGAUGUGUGUACAAGAAAGAUACGAGGGAGUUGUGAAUUGGCGUGCUCGUAUGAAGAAUCAGUUGAACAACUCCAGCUUGCUAGCGUUCCCAAGUUGGACGGUGUGCAGAUCCUCACGGGUGACGCUGGUUGGCACCUUGCAAAUCUCAAAGCGAAUCAGGACGGUUACGGUGGAAUAUUACAGCCUAACACAGCAACGGUCAAUCCAGUCGAGUUAGCGAAUAUCUUAUGUUCACGCGCAUUAGAUACAAAUAAGGUCCAUUUCAUGUUCAACAGUGUGGUGAAGAGUAUCUCAAAAGAUUCCCCCACAAUCGUGCUCGAGGAUGGUCGUCAACUCACAGCGAAGAAUUCAGUGAUUGUCUGCACUAACGCUUUUACGGGAUUGCUAUUACCCGAAUUGGCUGGUAAUUUCAUACCAAAACUCAGCCAAAUCGUAGCCGUUCCUUGCGAAGAUGAAGAUCCUCGACUGCUAGAGUGUACUCUUGCUGCUGCAAACGAUACUCUGUAUAUAUCAAGACCGGUGCCUCAAAGGAUAUUAAUUGGUGGUGAAGAUAUAGCCAAUCUCGACAACUACCUUCGGGAGCAUACAAUAGGAGAUAUGCCAAAUGAUUUGGGCGAAGAGUGGUAUGAAUAUCUUUGCAUAACGCCUGACGGUCGACCUCUGGUGGGCCCUGUUCCUGGUCGACGAGAUGUGCUUAUCUGUGCUGGUUACAACGGUAAUGGACUACCGUUGUUUUAUGAAUGCGCACGAGCUGUGGCGCUAUAUGCUAGUGGAAGAAGUGACGAAGUUGCGGUAUGGAUUCGUGAUUAUGCGAGUCCGGAUAGGAUAUUCUGA